AUGGCCUCCAACGCCAACCCGCUCCCCGUGCCCCCUCGCCCCCAGCAGCGCUACGACGACCUGCCCCCUCCCCCGCCCGUGCCCCCGCUGCCGCCCAACCACCAGCCAGAGCGACCGCCAGACCCGUACGUGUCGCCGCCGCACCUCGAAGACCCGCUGGUCGCCCCGCGGCCGCAGAAGAUCACGCCCGAUCUGCCCGCAGACAUGGCCCGCACCCUGGACCACUCCCUCGCCUUUGCUGCCCCCGACCACCACAGGCUCCCGACCCCGGCCCCUCCCCCGCCACCGCAGCAGCACUCCGGCUUAAACAGCAAUCCCGGCUUUGCCUUUCCAACUCCAGCACACGCUGCUUCUUCACCUCCCCCUCCCCCUCCUCCUCCCUCCCAGCCCGCUGACGCCUGGUCGCCGUGGAACGUCCCCCAGCACAACCACCACCAGCCCUACCCGCAAUCGCCCCCGUCUCUCAGACAGUCCUUGCCUCCCCAGCACCCCCAGCAGCCCUACGCCCCGCCCGCACGUCCCAUGUCUGGCUACGACCCCCUCGCCUCCUCCAUGAGCGGCCUCGCCAUCGCCACCACCCCACCACCCCCACUCCAGCGCACGCAGAAUGACGGCCCGCCCUCGCUCACCGCGCCCCUCCCCACCGUUGCCUCCCUCACCGCAGCCCUCCCUGCCAUCCAGAACCCCGCAGGCGACCCUGCCUCCAAGCUCGCCUGGGCCCGCGACGUCCUCUCCCUCGUCGACCGCCUCGACGCCUCGGCUCGCUCUGCCUCCGCUGCCUCCGAGCCCCCGCCUCCGGGCCCCGUCAACAUCACAGACCAGGGCCUCGCUCGCCUCUCCCAGGUCGCCGUCCCGCUCGUCGCCCAGCUCGCGAACCCCCAGCCCCCGCCGAACCCCCUCCCGCUCUACGUCGCCGAGGCCAUCUACCACCGCGCCAACCUCGCCGCAUCCGGCGCCUUCCCGCAGUUCCUGCCCCACAACCCCCGCUCCGCCUUCCGCGACUACGAGCGCGCCGCCCGCGCAGGCUUCCACGCUGGCUGGUUCAAGCUCGGCCGCGACUACGAGACCUUUGGCGAUGCCCCGCAUGCCAAGGACUGCUUCGAGCGUGGAAUCAAGUAUGGCAACGAGAGUUCCCUCUACCGCAUGGGCAUGGCCAACCUCAUGGGCCAGCUCGGUCUCCCCCCCAACCCCGAAGCCGCCAUCCCCCUCCUCCAGCGCGCCGCCACCGUCGCGACCGUCGACAUCCCACAGCCCGCGUACGUAUUCGGCUUGCUUCUCCUCGCCGAGUUUUCCCACGUCACGGUGCCCCCGCACCUCUUCACCCCCUUCAUCCCCGCGGGCAGCACCCGCGAGGGCGAGGCCCGCCGCCACCUCGAGCGCGCCGCCUACCUCAACUUUGCCCCCGCCCAGUACAAGCUCGGCCACGCGUACGAGUUUGCCCAGCCGCCCUUCCCGUUCGACCCGCUCCUCAGCGUGCAGUACUACUCGCUCGCCAGCCAGCAGGGCGAGAUCGAGGCCGACAUGGCGCUCUCCAAGUGGUUCCUCUGCGGCGCCGAGGGCAGCUUCGACAAAGACGAGUCCCUCGCCUUCACCUUUGCCGAAAAGGCCGCCCGCAGGGGGCUCCCGAGCGCCGAGUUCGCCAUGGGCUACUACAUGGAGGUCGGCGUCGGCGGCCCGAAGGACAUCGCCGCCGCGACCAAGUGGUACGCCAGGGCCGCGCAGCACGGCAACACCGACGCGACCGAGCGCCUCGCCGCGCUCGCCCAGCCCGCCGCGCACGCGCUCUCCCGCCAGGAGCACGACACGCUCACGGAGAGCACCCUCGUCCGCAAGCGCACCCAGGCCAAGCAGCGCUCCGACGCGCGCCCCCGCCCCGCCCCCGGCGCCGGCGGCCAGAACCCGAACCCGAACCCGAACAUGCCCCCGCAGACGAGCAGCGCGCAGAUCGUCGAGCACAUUCGCAAGAACUCGCUCGCGCAGCGCCCGCCCCCCGGCUCUGGUCCCAGCCCCGCACAGGGCGGUCCCUCGCCCUACGCAGGCCCGCCCCCGCCCCGUCAGGGCUCGGGCGACGCGUACGGCCCGCCCCCGCCGCAGAACCAGAGCCCACCGCGCGCGCAUCCCGGCGCGCCGCGCUACGGCCUUACCGACCCCGGCGUCGGCCCCGGCCCCGGCCGCACGUCGCCCGCCGGUGCUGGGCCUGGCGGUCGCCCCUCGCACGGUCGCGUGGUGUCGUCGUCGACGGUGCCGCAAGCCCAGCAGCAACAAGGUGGAGGAUCCCCGACCCCCGCGCCGCGCCCACCGCCUGCCAAGGGCCCUGCGACGUUCCAGGAGAUGGGGUUCCAGAGCCAAAAGCUGGAGGACAAGGAGUGCGUGAUCAUGUGAUGGCGGCGCGUGCGUUGGCUAGCGGGUGCUGCGAUUGUUCUGUUCCGUGCUGUUCAGUUUUUUUCUUUUCUUUUUUGUUUCUUCUUUUUUUGUGUGUUCUUGUCAGAUGCUCGCUUUCCGUUUUUUGCCCUUGUCGCUUGGACAUUAUUGCAUCGUGCGUAGAUCUGCGCGUCCUCGUUGACGCGGUGGGCGGUGGUGGUUGAGGUUCUGGCAGCGGUGGGGAAUAGAUUAGAGCCUGUUCGAACCGUAAUACUCUGUACAGUGAUCGUUGCUCGCGGCGUAGGUAACUUGGCACGAACACAAAAAGCUCAAACUUGCUUUAG